CUCUCACUCUUCUGUCUAUCUCGGCUGAGAGUCAGAACACAUAGUGAUGGCGCCUUUGAGAGGAGGUAAGAAGAAGAGGAGAGUUGAGAAUCAAGACGAAGAUAGUAAAUCUUUGGCUUCUGGGUCUUCUUCUCAAGAGGGUUUUGCUGAAUGGUGGGAUGUUUUGUCCAACAAAAUUAAGGGCAAUCCAUCGAUGACGGGGACGUUGGACCCCUUCAAGUCGACUUUCGCGAUGUCUAGAAAAACAUUCGACUACAUUUGCUCCUUAGUAAAGGAGCACAUGAUGUCCAAAACACAUUUCGCCUUCAUAAAUGGCAAUCCUAUGUCGCUGAACGAUCAGGUAGCCUUGGCACUGACAAGGCUCAGCUCUGGCAACUCCCUCAUCACCAUUGGGGAAUCCUUCGGGGCCCACCACUCGACCGUCUCCCAAGCAACGUGGCGCUUUGUGGAGGCCAUCGAAGACAAAGGACUCCGCCACCUUAGUUGGCCCUCCACAGAAGAGGAGCUCUCGGAGAUCAAGUGCGAGUUUGAGAAAAUUAGAGGGCUUCCCAAUUGCUGCGGCGCAAUCGCCACAACUCACAUCACAAUGCUACUAACCUCCUCCGACCCGGAGGCGGACAGCUGGCUCGAUUCCAGGGGGAAACACAGCAUGAUCCUGCAGGCCGUGGUCGACCCUGAUCUCAAAUUCCGGAGCAUCAUCACUGGAUGGCCAGGAAAGAUGAAUGCUUCCUCGGUUCUCCAGAGCUCAAGCCUCUUCAAGCAAUGCCAGAGAGGCGAGAAGCUCAACGGCCCCAAGAUGUUCGUCUCUGAAGACACGGGGUUAAGGGAGUACAUAGUAGGCGACACGGGUUAUCCCUUGCUUCCGUGGCUCCUCACUCCUUAUCAAGGGAACCGGAUCAAUGACACGAAGACGGACUUCAACGAGCGCCUUCUUGCAACUCAUUUUGUCGCGUAUAAGGCGCUGGCGAGGCUGAAGGAGGUAUGGAAGAUGAUGAAAGGCGAUCUGUGGAGGCCGGAUAAGCACAGGCUUCCAAGGCUGAUAACCGUGUGCUGCAUUCUUCACAACAUCAUCAUAGACAUGGAGAAGGAUGAGGAUUUGUUGGAGUUUCCCUCGGAUCUCGUGCAUGAUGCCGGAUAUGGGCCGGAGAUCUGCGAAGCAGUCGACAAAACGGGCUCCGUUGCAAGGGAUAAGGUGUGUAGGUAUUUAAGUGGGAGGUAGUGUUGUUGAAGAAAAUGAUAGACAUCUUGAGCAUAAGAGGUGAGUAGAUAGAAGAUUUAGUGAGAAAUUCAUUGUUGUGAUUCUGAAUAAGUUUCAUGUUUUUUAGUAGUUUGUUUUCGUUGUUCA